AUAAGAUAUUUAGUUUGUGUUAUUUGGUGUAAAUCGAAGAAGUCAAGUGAGAUGUGUUAGAAAGUUCAUAGAUUUCGCGAAAGAAACAAAAUAGCAAGCUAUUAACAGUUUUCUCUGGGAAAGUUUUACAAUACGAAAUUAUUAAUAUUAAUAAUGUUACAUGUUAUAACUAUUCCGCAAGAAGGGAUCGCCUUAAGUAAUAUUGCGAUAUAUUAAAAUUAACGUGACUUAAAUUUCAUAAAGUCAGCGGCAGUGGUGCUUUUAACAGAAAUAAAUUGAACUUAACGUAAUAUCGAUCUGAGAAAUCAUUUGUGACGUCAUCAGGUGACGUGUAUGAAGAAUCGAUUGUUUCAUUUGAAACCUAGGUAACAAGACGGGACUAAAAUCGGAUAGAGGAAAUAUGUUCAAAUAUUCAUAGCAACCAUAUCCGAGGGAACACACUGCAACAAGUGUAAGCAACAAUGUCUCUACACCACUACUACCACCCUCAGCAGUACCAUUUGGAACAACAGGUCAUUGGUUCUGAUCCCGUGAACGGAUCCGAGUCGGAUGUAGCUGCACUAUCCGACUUAGAAGAGGAUGAUGAUGAUGAUGAUGAUGAUGACGAAGAGGAUGAUGAUGAUGAUGAUGAUGACGACGACGAGUUGCCGUACCCUGGGUUCAUACCCGUCGCCCUGAAGUACCUGGACCAGAACACGAGACCACGCAACUGGUGCCUCAGGAUGAUCACCAACCCAUAUCCUUUUUAAGUCAGUUUCU